AGACAAGUAGAGCAAUGUCGAUAUGAAAUUGAAUAUGGCGGACAAAAAUAACAAGGGCGCUAAAAGAUUAUUUUCGAUAAAUAAUAAAAUUUCAAUUCAGUGAGUGAUAAACUUAUCUCAUAAAGUAAUAUAAACAAUAUAUAUUGCAAGUAAAAAGUAAAACUGCAUUAUUAAAUCGGAAAUGUCAGCAAUAAAGGUGAAUUUCGAAAUUGGACAUGAAGCUUCGAUGAAAUCGAAGAAAACCCCCGAAGGUUUCACUCAUGAUUGGGAAGUGUUCGUGCGCGGCCAAGAAGGAGCUGAUAUAAGUCAUUUUGUUGACAAAGUUGUUUUUCAUCUUCAUGAAACUUUCCCAAAACCAAGGCGAGUGGUGAAAGAGCCACCAUUUUCAAUCAAGGAAUCGGGGUAUGCAGGCUUUGUUUUUCCAAUAGAAAUUUAUUUAAAGAAUAAAGAUGAACCUAAGAAAAUAAAAUUUAGCUAUGACCUAACUCUACAACAGAGUGGGUUUCUGAAAGAUAGAUAUAUCUUCCAAAACCCAAAUGAUGAGUUCCGAAGAAAAUUGCUAAAGGGUGGUGGAAUAACUAUAAGCAAUAAUGCAUUCUAUACUAAUCCUGAUCAGGAAAGCAAGAGCAGAGAUUCAUUCACUGAUGAAAAACAACAACUCGUCAGCAAGCCUAAAUUAUCGUCAGACACUGUUAAAAAACACAAAGUAAAAGAAUACAAAGAUGAGCAGCCACACAGAACCAGUAGCUUUGAAAAUCUAUUUGGACCACCUAUUCAGAAGCCACCUAAAGUGUCUCCAGACCCAAAGAAAGUGGAAAAAAUUGCAGCUUCUGCUAAGUCAGAUAAAAAAGAUAAAGAAAGAUCAAGUUCAGAUAAAAAAUCAAAACAUGAGCACAAGGAGCCUAAACCUGAUAAAGUGAAAGUGAAAGAAGAAAAAGAUAAACAGAAAUCAGACAAAGUUAAGAAUCAUAACAAAGAACAAGAAAGGACCAAAGAGAAAGCUAGCAAAAGGCAAAAUGAAAGACCUCCUUCUCCUGAACCAAUUAAAAAACGAUGUCUCAGUCCAAAUAGAAAACCCCCGAGUCCUUCUCCCAGAUCCAGCAGUGCCUCCAGCAUCAAGGAGGAGCAUAAGGCCCCAAAGCACAGCUCUGAAAACUUUGACCAGAAGAAACCAAAACCAGAGGAAAGGGUACCAGAUCUUAAAGUAGAGAAAGAGUCUAAAGAAAAAAAGAAAAAAGAGAAAAAAAGUCAUGAUAGAGAUAAAGAAAGAAAAGAAAAGAAAGAUCACAAAAAAGAAAGUCAUAAGAUAAAAGAUUCUCCUAAAGAGCCAAAAGAAUUGCCAAAAGAAGUUCCAAAACCAAGAGAGAUAGUAAAAGAAAAGGAGGCAAUCAAAGAUUCCCCAAUUAAAGAAAAACCAGUAAAACCUGAAAAACCUAUAAAUAAAUUUUCCAUAGAAAAUCUUAGGAAGACCCCUCCACCAGAAAACGUGGAACGUCACGAGGGUCACAAGUCAAAAGAUAAGGGUGACUCAGAGAGAAAACAUAAACACAAGAAAAAAGACAAGAAGAGGGAUGAGUCCAAAGAAAAGCACAAAGAAUCCAGUAAAGAGAAGAAGCAUAAACAUGAGAAGGUUCGUGAAGUACCACCUGAAAAACCUGAGAUUAUUGAACACAGAGAGACACCAGUUAAUAAAGAACGGCCCAUACCUGAGCCUGCAUCACCUAUAUCCAUCGAUACAGCGUCACAAUGCAGCUCUAAGAGUGGCCUAAAUAAAGCUAUCCAUACAGCAGAAGAUGUAAACAGCAGUCAUUCUGAUUCGGAGAGUUCCAUGAUAGCUGAUGAGGAAGAUGUCAAAGUCAAGGUGGAGAACCCCUCACCUGAGCCUGUCAAGAGGGAACCUUCCCCAGAACCUGAACCCGAACCUGAACAGGAACUUGAGGUAGAAAUUGAGCCUGAACCCGAGCCAGUCGUAGAGGUGCCUCCAGUUCAGCAAAAGGAGAAAUCAAAGAAACACAAGGACAAAUCCAAGCGAGAAGAAAAGCGUCGGAGACGGAAAGCUGAAGAAGAAGACUCUGAGAAUAGGAAAGUACCAAAAUUAGCAGAUUCAGGGCCUUCAAAUAAUGAAACUGAGCACGGAGAGAGUAGCGGCUCAACAUCGAUAGAGACCAAAGUACAAGACAACGGCGUGUCGAGCAGCCUGGGCGAGGACGCGGAGCCGGGGGAGCUGUCGCCGGACUACAUGGUGCAGCUGCGCGAGCUGCAGCAGCGCAUCAUGACCAUCAAAAGCAAUGAGGAACUGGAGCGCGUCGUCAACCUCAUCGCCGAGACGGGGCGCUACGAGGUCACCACGCAAACCUUUGACUUCGACCUGUGCCUGCUGGACCGCUCCACCGUGCAGCAGUUGAUACAGCUGGUGGGCUGCUAGUGCUGAGAUGGACCUUGUUAGGGUGAACAUGUAAAUAUUGCUUAAGUGUGCACCGAGGCAGUUGUAGCAUUAGGUUUCUCUGCCUCAAGCUUGAAAUGAAAAAAGUUUUACAAUUUUGCUAUAGGAGGAAUAUUGCUCUUGAGUCAAAGAUAUGCAAGCAGUAAUUUUAUUGAUAAGAGUAAUUAUAGAUUAUAUUAAAUCAUAAUCUCAAUCGGCUACUAUUUUACAUACACAUUAUAAUAUUUUUAAUGGAGUUGUAAGUGCAAUAUUGUAUAGGUUAUAUAAAGUUAUAAGACUGUUGAAAGAUUGUUAAAUGUAUUGUAAAUUUUGUACAUUAUAUAAUUGUAUUGAUUUAUUGUAAAGUAAGUUAAUUAUUAUUAAAGAGUUUUUAAUUAUUAUACUCCCUGAGUUGUGGACUGGGGGAGGCUAUGUUAAUGAUUUUGUAUAAAACACACUAGUUAUAACUCAUCAACACCAUAUGAUUUAUGGCAUAAACACAACUUUUUACAAGUUAGUGAUACUUUGCACAUUAUUUUUUAAUCUUUUUUGUAAUAACUAUGCCCACAUCAAUGGCAUAAUAUUUAUUUGUAAGGUUGUUAUUAAUUCUACAAUAGUGAAUUAUGAAGUAUUUGAAAUGAAAACAUAAUAGUUUUAGUGACAUUUUUUCAAAUGAAUUGAAUCAUGUUAACUAAAUAGUAUAAUAUGUGAUUAUAACUUAUUUUAAUUUAUCGCUUAUUUUGGCUAUAUAUUUAUGAUUAAAUAGAGUGUAUAUUGAUAUUUUA